AUUAGGUAACGCCCCGACCCGAACCGACCGGUUUAACCCACCCACCCGGUAGAGCGUUCUAGAUAGAGUUCUCUUCCUCGCAAUAAAAAGAGACAGUCGUGUGUGUUUCCAGUCUAUCCAUCUCUUCUGCAAUUCUUAGGGUUUUACUCUCCAAAGUCACAUUCUUAUCCUCAAGAAAUGGCGGCGACACAACUAACAGCAUCACCAGUGACUGUCUCAGCCAGGAGUUUAGCCUCGCUGGAAGGUCUCAGAGCUUCGAGUCCCAAGUUUGGAACUUUGAAACCAGGCACCCUUAAGCAGAGCCAGUUCCGUUCUUUGGUUGUCAGAGCUGCUUCGGUCGUUGCUCCUAAGUAUACUUCAAUUAAACCAUUGGGAGAUAGAGUUUUGGUGAAGAUCAAGGAGGCAGAGGAGAAGACUAUGGGAGGUAUCUUACUUCCAUCUACUGCUCAAUCAAAACCUCAAGGAGGUGAAGUCGUUGCUGUGGGCGAAGGAAGAACUAUUGGGAAGAACAAAAUCGACAUCACUGUCCCUACUGGAGCACAAAUCAUUUACUCCAAGUACGCAGGAACUGAGGUGGAGUUCAACGAUGAGAAGCAUCUCAUUCUCAAGGAAGAUGACAUUGUUGGUCUUCUUGAGACAGAGGACAUCAAAGAUCUCAAGCCCUUGAACGACCGAGUCUUCAUUAAGGUUGCUGAGGCAGAGGAGAAAACAGCUGGAGGGUUGUUGCUAACUGAGACUACCAAAGAGAAGCCUUCUAUUGGCACGGUGAUAGCAGUUGGACCAGGUACUCUAGAUGAGGAAGGUAAGGUUCAGCCACUAUCGAUAUCGACUGGAAGCACAGUACUUUACUCCAAGUAUGCAGGUAACGACUUCAAGGGCAAAGAUGGUUCAAACUACAUUGCCCUGAGAGCUUCAGAUGUGAUGGCUAUCCUUUCUUAGUUUAUUAUAUCUUUGUGAACCUGCAAUUUGUAUCCCCAAUUGUGGAAUUUUUUUCCAUAAACGGCCUGAGAACAUAAUCUGAAAUUAAGACUUGAGUUUGAUUCUU